UGACCAACAAUUUUCAAAUCAAACCCACCGUCUUCAACCCCGACGUGGUCAUGAAAACGAACUGAAAUGUAAAAGCAUUCACUUUUAGUCUCUUAUUAAACAUCUUUCACCAAACUAUCAUUCUGCAGUAGCGAUUGCGAUCAGUUUAAGAAGGUUUUAGCUUUUGUAAGAGUGCUUCCUUAAAGAUUGUGAAGGUCACACAGUUCAUGGCAAGGAUAAAGCCCCAGGCUCUGUUAAUUCAAAGUAAGAAGAAGAAGGGGCCAAGUCGUAUUAGUGCAACAACAAUAGUUCUUUGCACUUCCAUUGUUGCACUAAUCAUAUUGCUUUUCUCAACUUACAGGCAUUGGUCAAGAAGGUCAACGGGGGACCAAACAGGGACCUCACAAUCUGUUUUUGAGGACGCUAAUGCUUUCAUAGAUUCAAAGAAGUAUGUCAUUCCUGGUUAUGCUAUUCUGAAUACAUCAAAAGGUCAUAUAGUGGUGGAACUUUUCAAGGAUGGCUCUCCCCAAAUUGUGGACAAGUUCAUUGAUUUGUGUCAAAAAGGAUAUUUUAAGGGGAUGCCUUUUAACCAUGUGAUCAAGAAUUUUGUGAUUCACGGAGCAUAUUCUGAAGGGCUCGGUGCCGCUGAAGAUUGGACAUCAAAAGGGAAGCUUCAUGAUUGGCUUGCUACAAGCCCAAAGCACGAGGCAUUUAUGCUUGGAACUUCAAAAACUAGAGACAGAAAAGUAUUUGAGCUUUACAUUACAACAGCACCGAUACCUGAUUUGAAUGAUAAGCUUUUAGUGUUUGGAAGGGUCAUCAAGGGAGGGGAUGUGGUGCAAGUAAAACUUCAUAUUUCUCGAGUUUUUUGUUGAAUCAUGUAAUUUCUAAUAUGUAUCUUUUGCUCACAAUGUUUUUAUCAGGGAAUUGAGGACGUUGAUACAGAUGAACACUAUCAACCUAAGUCUCCGAUGGGAAUCAUUAACGUAACACUAGUCUAAAGUUUUUUCUACCCAGCACAGUGGUUUUGGAAUAGCUUAACGAGCUUGUGACCCUAUUUUUUUAGUACAUGUGUUUUCGCUUUCCCAUGGAGGUUGUAAAUUUUGGUCAUUCAACACAUCAUGCUUCUCAGGGGAGGGCAGUUUUUGAGAGUUUUUAAUUAUCGUGUUGAUAUGGAAGGUGGAAGUUUGAUCCUGAAGCCCAGAAAAUGCAAUAUUUAUUUAGUUGUUCCUUAUGCUCAUUAUGAUGUUCUAGACUCUUUCCAAGACUGCCUUACCAUUUCGGAGACCAUGAUUUGAGUUUUCACUCUUGUUAUUUGGAGGUGUUAAUUCUUUGUAAUAGUAUAUAUGAACAUGCACUUCAGAUUU